UUUGUAAAAAAUAAGUAAACAGAGCACAUCUUCAACACACUGCACUUCUCUGCAUCACCAUUUUCCGGCGACCUCCCCAAAGCAAAUCCACCACCUCCUCCUCCGCCACCACCACCGCCACCAUUGAAAAUGAAAGCGUUAUUCAAUUCAGAAAAAUUCCUAUCGCCAAUUCCACCACUCAAAGUCAAACCUGGAAUUCCCCAUCCAAAAACGUUCCUCCAAUUUCCCCGCGCACUUGCAAAACGCAGUCGUUUAGUCAAAUCUGUACUUGAUUCAGCUGCCGUCGAUGAGUUGUCCGGUAUCCGAAAUCCAUCUGUUUCGACGUCGUAUCGGAACCCGAGGCUUUCGAGGCCCAACCAGACUGUUCUGGAUGCACAAACGAAGGUCUGCACGGGGCCCACUCAGACCAAACCUCUUAAUGCCGAACAAGCUUUCAAAGUACUUGACACCAUUUUAAAAUCAGUUAAGGGAGAGCUCAAAGAUGAUGAAGAAGUAUCCAAUGCACAGCUCGGGGCGUUUUUUGCUGCAAUGACGAUCCGAGCAAAUGCGUUUCCGGAGCCGACUCAAUGGAGCGAGGGUGAAAGGAAAGCAAUGACUUAUUAUUGGCCGCACUUAGUAAGAUUCUUACCUCCAGAUGUAAUAUUUUUAGCUGAUCCUGAACAAUCAAUUAUGGGAAUGAGUAGUUCGAUUGGCCCUCGAUUUAUCGGUAAUGGAACUUCCGAAAUGAGACUUGUGGGGGCCCUUAGGGAGGUUUUGGCCGGGGGCCACUUAGGGUACGAGGAAGUUCAGGGUGUUUUGAGAGAUGUACUUCCUUUAAAUUUAGAAGACAAGAAAUCAGCUGCUGUGAGUGAGUCGCUGCUGUCAGCGUUUUUUAUUGGCCAGCGCAUGAACAGGGAAACGGAUCGUGAGUUAAAAGCAUACUGCCUCGCGUUUGACGAUGAACAUGGUCCAGUGCCAGUCGCUGAUGUCAGAUCUUUGACUCAUUACGGUGAACCGUAUGAUGGCAACACACGGUAUUUCAGGAGCACACUUUUUGUUGCUGCGGUUAGGUCUUGUUACGGUGAAUCUUGUUUGCUCCAUGGUGUGGAUUGGAUGUCGCCGAAGGGAGGAAUUACGGAAGAGCAAAUGCUGAAAUACAUGGGUGCAAACACGCACUUAAGCUCCAUGCAUGCAAAAAAGCUUCUCGAGGAUGAAGAUGUUGGUUUUGCUUACAUAAGUCAACGAGAAGCUCAACCAUCUCUAUAUUCGUUGAUUGGGUUAAGGGAACAUAUAAAGAAACGCCCACCACUAGCAACAACAGAAAAAGUUCAGCAAUUUGUUCGAGCUAAAGGUAAAGAAGCAAUUGUUGCUGGAUUUUAUCACGAAGGUUAUGAGGAAUCACUUCUUAUGCUAAUGAGGAGAAGAGGCGUACACUCGGGCUUGGUGGUGAAGGGUGAAGAAGGUGCUCUUUCAAUGACUACAAGACUGAGAUCACCAAUUGCAUCCAAGGGACUCCCUGUUAAUUACUGUUCAGGUUUCCGCUCGUUGAAUACGACACCUACUCCAACACUGGAUGGAGUAUCUCGCGAGAGUUUCAAUACCGUUGUGAAUGCCAAAGACCACGGCUUCGAACCAUCUGACACUCCAAGAACUGAUAGAUCUGUCACGAGAAAUAUCGAGUUGGGCUUGUCAGCAUUACGUGGCGAAAAGGGACCCGCGUAUGAUCGAAUAGUUUUAAAUGCUGCAAUGGUUGAUCACUUGCUUGGAUGUGAUGGUGCACACGACAUAUCUUCGGCAUUGGAUAGAGCCAAAGAGGCUAUUGAUAGUGGCAAGGCCCUUCAUAGGCUUUUAGGCUACAUAAACAAGUCUAACAGAGUUGCAUAAACUGUUUUUUUCAGGUGUAAUUGAGUUACUUAAUUGUGUAAUUUUUUUCAUGGUGAGAUUUUUCGACUUUUACUUCACGCGGUAAACAGAACCGAGGACAUGUAACAUGAGUUCAAUUAACAAAAUUUUGAUUUUUGUGA